CCGGGCACCUGCUGUCAAUCGGUCCAGGUGGGAGCGAUGAUUGGCCGCCGGGCCCGCCCUCCAGAAAGCCCCGCAGGGCUCGCGUAGGCUGCAGGCUCGGGGAGGGAGGGGAGCGGCGCCGCGUCGGGAUCUGCCGCCGUCCCGGUCCGCCCGCCCAUCCGGUCCCUCCUGCAGCCCGCCUGCUGGGCAGGGCCGGCGCGGCCUGGCCAUGGAGUCCUACGACAUCAUCGCCAACCAGCCUGUGGUCAUCGACAACGGUUCGGGGGUGAUUAAAGCUGGCUUUGCAGGAGACCAGAUUCCCAAAUACUGUUUCCCAAACUAUGUCGGGCGGCCCAAGCACAUGCGGGUGAUGGCUGGAGCCCUGGAGGGGGACCUCUUCAUCGGACCAAAAGCAGAGGAGCACCGGGGGCUGCUGACCAUCCGCUACCCCAUGGAGCACGGUGUGGUGCGAGACUGGAACGACAUGGAACGCAUCUGGCAGUACGUCUACUCCAAGGACCAGCUGCAGACCUUCUCGGAGGAGCAUCCUGUGCUCCUCACGGAGGCCCCGCUCAACCCGAGUAAGAACCGGGAGAAGGCGGCAGAGGUGUUCUUUGAGACCUUCAACGUGCCAGCCCUGUUCAUCUCCAUGCAGGCUGUGCUCAGUCUGUAUGCAACGGGACGCACAACAGGAGUGGUUCUAGACUCGGGGGAUGGGGUCACUCACGCCGUGCCCAUCUAUGAGGGCUUUGCCAUGCCCCACUCCAUCAUGCGGGUGGACAUUGCCGGCCGCGACGUCUCCCGCUACCUCCGACUCCUGCUGCGCAAGGAAGGGGUUGACUUCCAUACCUCGGCUGAGUUUGAGGUUGUCCGGACAAUCAAAGAGCGAGCCUGCUACCUGUCCAUCAACCCACAGAAGGAUGAGGCUCUGGAGACGGAGAAGGUGCAGUACACGUUGCCAGAUGGCAGCAUGCUUGAUGUGGGGCCUGCACGAUUCCGGGCCCCCGAGCUGCUGUUCCAGCCGGACCUUGUGGGGGAUGAGAGUGAGGGGCUCCAUGAGGUGGUGGCCUUCGCCAUACACAAGUCCGACAUGGACUUGCGCCGGACACUGUUCGCCAACAUCGUGCUCUCAGGUGGCUCGACGCUUUUCAAAGGCUUCGGAGACCGACUACUCAGUGAAGUGAAGAAGCUUGCCCCAAAGGAUAUCAAAAUCAAGAUCUCGGCCCCACAGGAACGGCUGUACUCCACGUGGAUUGGCGGCUCCAUCCUGGCCUCGCUGGACACUUUUAAGAAGAUGUGGGUGUCCAAAAAGGAGUAUGAAGAGGAUGGCUCCCGUGCUAUUCAUCGCAAAACUUUCUAGUGCCCAAGGAGGGCGGGGCAUGUUGGGAGACGGGGAGGGAGGGGAGCCAGAGCCUUUAACCCUUUUUGGUCUGGGCUCUUAUACUAGGCUUAGGGUCCCCUGCAUGCCCCGAACCCCUGGGUGGGCGGCACAGCAGUGCCCCCCUGUAGCCUUCCCCUCUACACACACACGACACACACACGAGUAACAUUGAGCUGCAUGGACAGGAGCCUUGAGCUGGCGUGUGGGAAUUGAGCGCCAUGUUGAGCUGUUGUGGGUAUCCCCCUGGCAGGGCCAGCUAGGCCUGUGGUUCCCUGCUCUGACUCUCAGGGCUGCCUCCCCGAGCUCCAGGGCCAGAAUGCCUGGAUGCCUGGGUAGCCAGUUUGGGGAGUGGGCUGCAGGGGGCAGCCAGCAGCUCCCACUGGUGUAUCAGUGCAUCCAUUGCCACCUCCUGUUCGUGACCUGACAGGGUGGCACAGCCCCUUUCACACUCUGUCCUCCUAUAUUCCUGGGUAGAUGCCCUGGUGUAGGGCUGAGUACUGAAUGGUCUUCCAUCCCCAGCAAGGGGGUCCAGCCCAGGGUCAGGCCCUUCGGAGCCAGGGCAGAGGACGCACGGUGGCCAGAGCUGCUGCACUCUCCUUUUCAGAGCACUUCAUCGACUUGCUCCUCCCUCUACCCUUGGCACCCUGGGUGGGAAAGGGUUGAUGCUCAUCAUUUAUUGAGGGGAAGCCACUUAAUAAGGAGUCAGACCUAAAAGGGGGUGGGGGACAUUUUCUUACCUCACCCAAGAAAGAGGUCGUCACUUUUGCUGUGGCCAGGGCCCCACCUCCCUCUCUCAGAUAUGUACAAUAAUUUAACACGGUUGCCUGAAAAAAAAAAACUUUUGUAAAUCAUUAUAGUAAUAAUUAUGGACAAGGCCCAG